AUGGUCAUGAAAAAUAUUAUUGAUUAUGCAUUUAAUAAACCUCCAAACCCCGAGUCUUAUGGAAAGAAGAAAAAAUAUAGGAUAGGAAAGAUUUUGGGAUCAGGAACUUAUGGAUCGGUUAAAGAGGCGGUGAAUAUAGAUACAGGAGAAAAAGUAGCUAUAAAAAUUAUCAAGAAACGUAAAGUAAAAAAUCAAGAAUCAAUUGUUUAUAAAGAAAUGAAAAUAUUGGAAAAGUUAGAUCAUCCUAAUAUUGUUAAAUUUUACGAAUGGUUUGAAUCAAGGAAAAGAUAUUAUCUAGUGUUUGAACUUGCAACGGGCGGAGAACUACUUAAUAGAUUAAUUGAACUCGGUAAAUUUACCGAAUCCAAUGCAGCACAAGUAAUUAAAACGGUGCUUGAAAGUGUUAAAUAUCUUCAUGAACAUAAAGUUGUACACAGAGAUUUAAAGCCUGAGAACUUAUUAUAUAAAAAUAAAUUAAAAGAUUCGCCGCUUGUUAUUGCAGAUUUCGGUAUAUCAAAAGUUAUAGAUGAUAAUGAUGAUAUUAUGACGACGCAUUGUGGAUCUUAUAUUUAUGCUGCACCAGAAAUUCAUCGAAGAGUUCCAUAUUCGAGAUCUGUUGAUAUAUGGAGUAUUGGAUUAUCUGGACAUUUACCUUAUCGUUCAAGAAAUCGAGAUUAUCUUCACGAAGAGAUAAAAAGAGGAAUUAUAGAAUUUGAAGAUGUUCAUUGGAAGAAUGUUUCAGACAAAGCCAGAAACUUUGUUUCUAGUUUAUUGACACUAGAUUCAACCAAACGUCCUACAGCUGAAGAUGCUUUAAAACAUGAAUGGUUGACUGGUGAUUGUGCAACAGAUGUAGAUUUGUUUGAAAUUUUCAAUCCACGCCAAACCUUUCGUAAAGCUGUUGUUGCAAUACAAGCAGUCAAUAAACUACAAAAUAGCAUUAGAAGUGAUAAAGAUCCCAACUUUGCGUGA